AUGUCAACAUUAGAUUCUGAUUCUGCCUCUGAAGGAGACUCUUCCUCUGAAGGUGAUCCAACCUACGAAGUUGGUUCAACCUCUAAAGGUGGAGCUUCUAAAGGUGGUCCUGCUUCUGAAGGGAGUUGUACUUUUGAGAUAUACAAGUUCAAGAAGAUGCUGAUGAAUGCAUUUGAUAUGACUGACCUUGAAAAUAUGGUUGAAGUAGAAAAUGGUCUCACCACUAAAGGAGGAAUUUCUGGUUUCCGCAUCAAGUACUUUGUGGAAACAGCUUCACAUUAUGCCAACAUGAGGAGUAAUGAUGUUUUUGAGGCAAUCUUGGCCUUGAUGAUUUAUGGGAUUCUACUCUUUCCAAGCUUCAAAGACUUUGUCGAUAUGGACACUAUUCGAAUUUUCAUGACUUGUAAUCUGGUUCCUACUCUUCUAGGAGAUGUCUAUUACUCCAUCCACUCUAGGACCGAGAAAAAGGAUGGAUGGGUCCGUUGUUGUGCACCUAUAUUGUACAAGUGGUUUAUUUCGCACUUGUCGCAGUCCACUCUAUACAACAAGGACAUUCUCAUAUGGUCAAAAAGGCUUAUGGCUCUUACUAAUGGGGACAUAGUAUGGUAUAAUUCAGCCUAUGAUAUUGGGACGAUUGUAGUGAGUUAUGGAGAAUUCCCCAACGUACAUCUUAUUGGUACCAAGGGAGUUAUCACCUACAAUCCAUCUUUAGCAUACUGUCAGCUUGGCUAUUCCAUGAAUGAUAAGCCUAAGUCUCUCUUGGUUACUCCUGUUGUCAUUCGAGAAGGUGAAGAGAAUGUGAAUCUUAAAAGGGAUGUUGUGAAGGCUUGGUCUCAUAUUUCUCGCAAGAAAAUGUUUGAGUUAGGUCCUCGAAACUGUGUGGUAGAAGAGGCUUAUACCACUUGGGUUAAAAAUUGGGCUUCUAAGAUCAAAAUGCCAUACCUCCCUCCACAACCUUUGGGUAGCGAUCCUAUGGGACCUGCUCGUGUCUCUUUUGAGGAAUUCAAGAAGCUAAAGGCAAAGAAUUCCCAGUUAGUGAAAGAUAGAGACAUUUGGAAGAACAAAUUUUACUUUGUUAAUGGAGAAUGUUCUAAACUUUGUAGUCAACUGCAAGAGAAGGAAGAUGUUAUUGUUCGAUAA